AUGGCUAGUAUCAAAUUGGAUGGAGCUAUUUUGACGAAACUUGACUCUAAAGUAGUCGUCCUGACGGGAGGGAGCAGUGGUAUUGGCGCAGCUACCGUGCAGGCUUUUCUAUCCAGAGGUUGUCGGGUUGUGUUUGGCGACAUUGACAAGGCCGCAGGCCAGCUGAAAGUGAGCCAACUAACAACCAGAGACAAAUCAAUUGUCAAUCAACUGAAGUUUGUGCCAACUGAUGUAACAAACUAUGACGACGUUUAUCAUUUGUUCCAAGUUGCUUACGAGACUUUCGGCCGCGUCGAUGUGGCAGCAAAUAUCGCCGGUAUUGUAGAGACACCAGGCUGGUUCGAUCCUGCAGAGACCAUGGAGGGUGCAAAAAGGAAACCGUCCACGAUAGUGAUUGACGUUAAUCUAAACGGCUCUCUCUAUUUCUCUCGCAUUGCCAGCGCAUUUCUGAGGCAGGGCCAAGAGUCCACCGAUGACAAAAGUCUUAUCUUGAUAUCCUCAGUUGCUGGGUUCAAGGCACACUCUGGAAUAUUCCUGUAUCAGGCAGCAAAGCAUGGAGUUAUAGGAUUGAUGCGAAGUCUGCGCUCCUUUAAGCCAAUAGCUUCGAAAAUUCGCAUUAAUUGCGUUUGUCCCUCCAUGACCCUCACUGGUAUGGUUGAAGGAAUAAAAGAGGCCUGGACAAGCGCUGGCUUACCAAUAAAUACACCUGAAGAUGUCGCAAGGAUGAUCGUACACAUCGCCGCCGAUUCCGAAUUGUCUGGAGGCGCAGUCUACGUGGAAGGAGGUAACGGAUGGGAGAUUGAGCAAAGAUUGGACAAAACACAACCACUCUGGCUGGGUGAAAGACUCAGCAAGCAACUUAACCAAUCAGUUAUAGCACUCAGUACAAUUUACAAUCCCAUUGAACAGUAA